AUGUUUAUGGCUUACAUCAUUUUGGUAAUUUAUAGAUUUGUUUUAAGUCUCAGAAAGAGAGAGGGAAAUGAAGAAAUUGUUGUUCAAGGAGAUGUUUCUGAUGAUUUGUAUAGAUUCAUUUUGGAUACAUGGCCGAAUGUUCCAGAGAAAAAUAUUGAAUUGACUGAAGAAAAACCAAAAAAAUAA